AUGGCGACUCGUCGGUCCGCGCGACUCCUCUCCCAGACCGAGCUCAAGCCUCUGGUGCCUCUGGCCCCACCUGCAGCGAACCCCCGGGGACGAAAGAGGGGGACGGAGUCACGACCGUCGUCGACAGGGCCCGUAACCCCUCCGCCCAAACUCUCCAAGGCUGCGGGCCUCCUAGCGGCCGACGGCAUUGAGAAGCCCAAGGCCGCCGCCGUUAGCCGCAUAGCUGACCCGAGAGCUACCAAUGCGCCUUUGGUAUCCCCCAUGACAGCUCGAGUGCUCUCAUCAAGGCCCUUGGUUGACAUUUCUCCAUCCAAAGCCGCGAGCGUCACGACUACGACAGACAAUAUACUAGAGCAAGCGUGCCAACACCUCAUCCAAGCGGACGAGAGGAUGCAGCCACUCGUGGACAAGUUCCAGUGCAAGAUGUUCUCGCCCGAAGGACUCGCGGAAAAGAUUGACCCGUUUCAGUGUCUCGCCAGCGGUAUCAUCGGCCAGCAGGUCUCCGGAGCGGCGGCCGCAUCCAUUGAGAAAAAGUUUGUCGCUCUGUUCGAAGAUGAAGGGGCGAGCGGGUUCCCUCAACCUUCGCUCGUCUCCGCCUGUUCGCUAGAAAGGCUACGCUCGGCGGGUCUCUCCCAGCGCAAGGCCGAGUAUAUCCAGGGCCUCGCCGAGAAGUUUUGCAGUGGCGAACUGUCCGCGCAGAUGCUCGUCGAUGCACCCUACGAUGAACUCUUGGAGAAGCUGAUCGCCGUUCGAGGGCUCGGCCGCUGGUCGGUUGAGAUGUUUGCCAUGUUCGGUCUGAAGCGCAUGGACGUUUUUGCCACAGGAGAUCUAGGCAUCCAGCGAGGCAUGGCCGCCUUUGUCGGUCGAGAUAUCGCCAAACUCAAAGCAAAGGGCGGCAAAUGGAAGUAUAUGUCGGAGGCAGACAUGAUUGAGAUUUCGAACAAGUUCGCGCCAUAUCGUAGCCUGUUUAUGUGGUAUAUGUGGAGGGCAGAGAAUGUGGACACGAGCGUCUUGGAAGACCAAGUAAGCCCCGAGACACGACCUCCUCUUCCCAAGGUCGUCGAGAAGUGGGCCUAG